AUGUCGAAUUUAGUGCUGAUGUUGGUGCUCAGGGGUCUGAUAUGGGGCGUGUCGUACAUUCAAAGUGGUAAUGGUGUUAAAGAAGCGCGAAACGAGGAUUCGACCUCGACCGCGGUCGGGGGACUGUUCCAGGACAUGGUAACUGAAACCGAUGUGAUGCUGUUCCUCGGAUACCUGGUAGCUGAUGAGUCAGGUCGAUACGAAUGUCUGAACCGCGUGGCGUGUGAGCAACCGGAGCGAGCUGAGAGUUAUCUCAGGACAGCCGAAAUGGUCUGGAAAACCGCGAAAAUGUUUGACGGUGUGAUACCGUUGGACGCGAAGUACGAGAAAACGUUGAUUAGAUUGCAAGAAGCCAUCGAGAACGGAAUGGCGGUCGGGGAUUGCGAGUCGAAAUACAAAUGCUUCGGUCCGACUGCUGCUGCCGAUAACUUCAAAGUCUAG